AAGCGAUCAGACGAUGAAAAGCCCCGUGGACAGGUUGUGGCGGUGUUGCAGUCAUACUACCAAUAGGCGGGACUGUGGCUCUGCAGUGUGUUUGUGAGCUGCACAGCUGGAACACUAGAAGACUGGCACGCGUUCCAGCUGCGAGCAGAUAACUGAGCUCGGCUGCCUCCGCUGCACCAACACGCAUCACAUCCACAACGUGCUUCCGAGUGCGCCACUAGAGAACUUGGAGACAGCCGCAUGGCCCGUUCACAGCAGCAGCAUUAACCCCCCGAGGUCGGACCCCAGUUGUUUAUCAUCUGAUGACUUCUUGCGGGCUCCCAUCUUUGCUGACUCUAACACUCGGUCGCCGAACAGACUUUGUGAGUUCGACAGUGUUACGGUGAUGUAACGCUUCCCAUAUCAGAGCUCACUCCACAACUGUUGUCACUCCAGCCUCUCCUCUCAGAGCAUGGGACGCUUCAAACUCUGAAGUGAGAGCCAACAGAUUCAAACCACAGAGAGGUAAACGAGGGGGAAAACUGAGAGGACAGCUACGAUGGAGUCCAUAUUAUCGGAACAGUCUGCCACUGUGGACGAGCUGGUGGAAGCCUGCAUCAAAGCCUUUGAUGAGAAGGGCACUUUGAAGGAUGCAUCCUUGGUCCGCAUGUUCCUCAUGAUGCACCCUUGGUAUAUCCCUUCAGCUGACCUGGCCAAGAAGCUCGUGCUGAAAUCUCAAGAGGAUGGCUGCACCGAUGAGCGCCGAACAAAAAUAUGCCACCUCGUCAAGUACUGGAUUUCUGAGUUUCCCGCAGAGUUCAAUCUGAACCCGGAGCUGGCAGACCAGAUCAAAGACUAUAAAGACCUCUUGACCACUGAGGGCAAUGAGAGGCAGAGUCAGCUCAUUGACUUGGACAGCGUGCCGUCAUAUAAAUGGAAGCGGCAGGUGACCCAGCGUGUCCCAUCUGUGUCCAAAAAGAGGAAAAUGUCCCUGCUGUUUGAUCACCUCGACUCCUGUGAACUGGCUGAACACCUGACCUAUCUGGAAUACAAAUCCUUCUGCAAGAUCCUGUUUCAGGACUACCACAGCUUUGUGAUGCAUGGCUGCACGGUGGAUAACCCCAUCUUAGAGCGCUUCAUCACGCUCUUUAACAGCGUCUCACAAUGGAUCCAGCUUAUGGUGCUCAGCAAGCCCACCGCCCCGCAGAGAGCUGCUGUUAUCUCCCAUUUCAUCCGAGUGGCACAGAAGCUGCUACAGUUGCAGAACUUCAAUACACUCAUGGCGGUAGUGGGCGGCCUCAGCAACAGCUCCAUCUCUCGUCUCAAAGACACGCAGGCCCACAUCAGUGCAGAGACCAACAAGGUUUUUAACAACUUAAUUGAACUGGUGACAUCAUGUGGCAACUACAGUCAGUACCGCAAGCGUUUUUCUGAAUGCUCCGGCUUCCGGUUCCCAAUUCUUGGCGUGCACCUGAAAGACCUGAUAGCCGUGCAUGUGGCACUGCCAGACUGGGCCGACAAAGAGAAGACACGAGUCAACCUGGCAAAAACCCAGCAGCUGUACGCUAUCCUUCAAGAGCUGGCGCUCAUUCAGGCCACGCCACCUAACGUCGAUGCCAACACAGACCUGCUCAACUUACUUACAGUGUCUCUGGACCAAUACCACACAGAAGAGGAGAUCUAUCAGAUGUCUUUACAGAGGGAACCACGCAAGCCAGUGCAGAACUCCAGCCCUGCCCCCGCACCUGAUCCCAAGCCCAGUAUGAUUGAUGAGUGGGCCGUUUCGGUGAAGCCCAGCGCUGACCCCACGAUCAUCAAGAAACACAUAGAGAAGAUGGUGGAAUCAGUCUUCAAGAACUUUGACACAGAUGGCGAUGGCAAUAUCUCCAGGGAUGAAUUUGAAGCAAUCAGGAACAACUUUCCAUACCUCAGCAAGUUUGGAGAACUGGACAAGAACCAAGACGGGAAGAUCAGCAGGGAGGAGAUGAUAGACUACUUUAUGAAAGCCAGCUCUCUGCUGAACUGCAAGAUGGGUUUCAUCCACACUUUUACGGAGACCACCUAUGUCAAGCCCACGUUCUGUGAACACUGUGCUGGCUUUAUCUGGGGAUUUUACAAGCAAGGCUACAAAUGUAAAGCCUGCGGGGUCAACUGCCAUAAGGCCUGCCGAAGCCGGCUGGCUGUUGAGUGCCGGAAGAGGACCAAGAGCAUCAGCCAUGAAGCGCCGCCAGCUCUCCAGGCCAGAUCCUACAGCUUCCCUCCUCCUGCUAACACCCCACCCAGCCUGCAGAACACUGUAAUUGCUGAGGAGGAUAUAGAGGCAGUGGAGGAAGGAGUAUUUGAUGUCCAUCUAUAACCAGGAGUCUUGAACUGAAGAGCGGUUUUGAUGAACAGGCCGGUGACAGAUCUUGGCUCUUUUUUAGAAUCCCUCCUACGGUCGGUGUUCGAGAAGCCAAAUCAGCCCCUUUCGAGAGCGAGACGGAGAAUGUGCUACAGUGUGUCAGAUUUACAACCCGCAGCGCUGAGGAGAAAUCGCACUGAACACGAUCCAGGAUACCUACAUGCUGCCACACGGUGGACACACGCUGCAGCAGCACUCCUCUCUGCCCGACUCACAGGAAUGUGACGACCAGUGUGAACCGAAUGUCUCUGUAUGAUUUCUAUGAAAAAAAAAAAAGAUGCGCAUUUUGAUUCUGUGUCGGCCACGAGUGUUACUGUAAAAUACUUACUAAAUACUUACUCUUUCGCUCUCUCUAUAUAUCUAUAUCUAUAUAUAUUUAAAAGAAAAUCCACAAAAUUGUAUUUUCUUGGUGAAAUGUUCACGUCAGUGGAGUUUGUAAAUUUGAGCACACUGCAGAUUGGCGCAGUUGUCUUUUCUUUAAAACAUAAAAGAGGUGCUGUUAUUGCCAAGAAUGUAAAGCUGCCACCCAGACUAAGCUACAGUCUCCUUUAAGUGGGAAGCUCAACUUUUUUCCCCCCCUCUCCUCUUGUUUGUUGUUUUGAAAUACAUUUCAGCGGACCAAUAAUAGGACCAAUUUUGAUGUCAGAUAAAAUAUUUGUGGUGCCCGUAUGAAGUGGGAUGACAACGGCAGCUAAGGAAACAGCUGAAAGAACCGUGGCGACGGCUGUAAUUGGGAUGGACUUUAAUUAAUGUUCUGUUCUUCGUCACGUUUACCUGAAUAUCAGUAACUAUAGUUAUUGCGGUUGGUGUUAUUUUCAGUAUAGAGUACUGUCUUGUACCAGUGCAGUGACAGAUGACCCAUCCUCCUGCAGUACAGUGAAUGUAGCAGAAACAGGAAUGCUGCUGUCACAUGAAGAAGCCCAUUUUUCUUUCCCAGUAAAUGCGUUGAGAGCAUUAAAGAAAAAAUAAAUGAAAUAAUCAAAAGAACAAGAUUAGAACUGGAGCCGUUUUUAUUUGACAGCAGCUUCUAAAAACAUUUUCCUGAGAAGUUUCCAUGCAAGUUGUAUUUUCGCUGUUUAUAAUCUGCAUGCUUCUUCCUUCUUCCUCGUAUUCUCCUGACAGAUAUUUUUUUCUAUUUUUAAAUUUGUAAUUUUUUUUUUUUUACGUAGCACGCCAACUUUUCGUUUAUUUAGCAAGUAUGAUCUCUUGAAAUUCCACACAGAGGAUAUGUUUCUGUCUCUUGGUGCCUGUGGAGAGAUGACUUCAGACUUUGAGUGGCGUUUGCUUCAACUGCCAGUUUGUCGCUGAAUGAGGCUCCUCAGUUUGCUGGUAUUUAUUUUUUUGGUAAAAAAACAAAGAAAAAAACGAAUAUGCCUGUCCUGUGCCACUCCUUGCCUGACGAUUGGAUGUUUGCUGUUAUUCGGAACGAUGUCAUGCUAUUCCUCGUGGUCUGUUUCUACAUGAUUCCUCAGUAUUAAAUGCAGCAGGCAUCUUUCUAAUAUGUGUUCUUGUUAUGAGAUUCUGUGACUAAUAAUAAUAAUAAUGAUACUAACAGUAAAA